AUGUCUCUCAAUCCAGACUUGUUCCUGUACAACCUGACUAUUCGGCCCUCAGUCACGGCUGUUAAGUGCUGCAUAGGCAAUUUUACCGGCAAUAGAAGACAACAGGAGGUUGUGAGGGCUACGGCCACGACUCUUGAGCUGUGGAAAUUGAAUAGAAAUAAUGGUGACUUCUACAAAGUGGUGGCACAGAACACUUUCAGUCAUAUUAGAUCGAUAGAGGCUCUGAAGAGCAGUGGGUCAGAUAAAGAUUUGCUGAUUAUCACCUCGGACAGCGGAAAUUUGACUGUAUUAGAGAUGAAUAAUGAGAAAGGACGAUUCGAAAGCGUAUCUAACGAACCGUAUUUCAAGACGGGUUUGCGAAGAAUUUCUCCUGGAGAGUACAUUGCUGUGGAUGGACGCAGCAGAGCUGCCAUGAUUAGCGCCAUCGAGAAAAACAAGUUUGUCUACAAGUUCACUUCAGAUCACAGAAGUAGACUCCAAGUUUCGUCUCCAUUGGAAGCGAAUAAGUCCAAGGUCUUAACAUUUGGCGUCUGUGGAAUGGAUGUUGGGUUUGAGAAUCCGCAAUUUGCUGCCUUGGAGUGCGAUUACUCGGAUUUCGAGGAAAAACUCGAUAAAAAGAUGCACAAGACCUUAUGCUACUAUGAGCUCGACAUUGGGCUCAACCACGUGGUGAAAAAGUAUAGUGAGGAGGCCAGUUUUUCCUCAAACUUUCUGCUUCCUCUUCCUGGAGGCACCCAGGGUCCUUCAGGGGUGCUGCUAUGCUCGGAGGGAAUAAUCCAAUAUAAAUGUCUGUCCAAAAUGACGCACACAAUUCCUAUUCCAAGACGAUCCGGGGACAAGACACGUUCGCGAAUUGUCUGUGGAGUUGUGCACACGCUGAAAAACAGCUUUUUUGCACUCUUACAGAGCGAGCUUGGUGACCUGUUCAAAAUUACUCUUGACUACGUUGUCCAGGACAGUGACGAGUCUCGAGGGGAGGCCGGAAUGGUGAACUCGAUGGAAAUACAGUAUUUUGAUACUAUGCCUGUGUGCACGUCGCUGUUGAUUUUUAGAGCCGGAUUCCUUUACGCUAAUUGCGAAUCUGGCGACCAAUAUCUCUAUCAGUUCGACAAGCUGGGAGACGAAAACCAGAGAAAAUUCAGCUCUCAAGAUUAUCCGGAUGAAGUUGCUGUUUUAAGCGACGAGACAACUCUGUUUGAACCACGGCCGCUCGAAAAUUUGAAUCUUGUGAAUAUAGUGGAGAACAUCAACCCGCUGAUCGACGCAAAAUUAUACAAUUCCAAUGAGACCACCAGUUUGCCUGUGAUAUACUCUCUUUGCGGCACGGGGCCCCGCUCGGCACUCAAGGUGCUGAACCACGAGCUGCCAUUUAGCGAGGUUGUCACCCAAGAGCUGCCGUCGGUGGUGCAAAAGGUGUUUGUUUCGAAGCUCAACAGAGACGACGAGUACGACAAGUACAUCGUUCUCUCAUUCGUGGACGGGACUUUGGUUUUGCGUAUUGGCGAGGAUGUUGAGGAAGUGGAAAAUAGUGGCCUGGUGCUCGAUACAAACACGCUGGGCGUUUUUCAGGUUGGUAGUACUGCGCUUGUCCAGGUGCAUCCAAACGGCGUGAGACAGGUGUUCUACGUCGACGAAACGCCCCAGAAAACCAUCGACUGGGCCCCACCUGCUGGAAUCCGCGUUCUGCACUGCUCUGCAACCAAUUCACAGCUUGCUAUCGCAUUAUCAAACCGCGAGAUCGUGUACUUCGAGCUAGAUGAUUUGGACAAAUUAAUAGAGUACAACGAGCACAAAGAGCUCGCUGCCCAAAUCACAGCGCUCACCUUGGGAGAGGUGCAAGCGGGUACUGCCAGGUUUCCGUAUUUGCUGGUUGCAUGUCAGGAUAAAACGCUGACGGUUUUUUCUACGGACCCGGAGUCCACUCUCGAGAUUGUCGGCGAGGAGAUUUUGAGCUCGGCAGCUUCUUCUCUAAUGGCAUUCUAUAUGAAAGACACGGCCAUUGUGCUCAACAAAGACGCUGGAGAAGACGACGAAGACGAGCCCGAGCUGGCUACCUCGCUUCUGUACGUCCACAUCGGCAUGGAGAGCGGUGUGUAUGCGCGGUUGCAGAUGGACCCGCAAACGGGCGAGCUGUCGAAUCCGCGAAACAAAUAUACGGGUCCACGCCCUGUGCAGCUGUCCAAGAUCGAGGCCGUGGGCCAGAAUGCAGUCUGCAUUUUCUCAGCCCGUACUUAUUUGGGGUAUACUCGUCCUUCUGAAUUCAAAAUCACACCGUUGACGAAACCGGUGUUUCAGCACGCAUGCUCAUUCAGAAGCGAAGACAUUCCAGAGAACGGAGUGCUGGCUGUCUAUGGCAACAGUUUGACGAUUAUGACCAUCGACCAGUUGGAGAACGACACCAUUAUCGAGAGCAUUGCGCUCAGAAACACUCCUAAAUACAUGUGCGACUGCACCGACAAAAACGGCAUGAUGUAUGUUCUGGAGGGCGACAUUGACACCAAGCGCGACAUCGAAGAGGAGCGCAUCGAGGAGUAUCAGCAAUUCGGCUAUCCAAGAGCGCCCGGUGCGUGGGCCAGCUGUAUUCAGACGGUCGUGGUGGCAGACAAAUCAGUGGUGCAGACGAUCGAUCUGGGAGACGAAACUGCGUUCAGGGCGUGCUGGGUGAACUUUGAGAGCCGCCCGGGGGAGCCGUUUUUGGCCGUUUCUUCAGCCAAGAACCAGCAACUCAGCCCGCCUCGCAAUGACGGAGCGUACAUCCAUCUUUAUCGCAUCUCCUCGAAUGGCACUCUGGAGCUUUUCCAAACGACAAAAACAGAACAUCUCUCGCUGGCUCUUACAGCCUUCCAGGGAAAGUUGCUGGUCGGGGCCAAGAACGAGCUCAUCUUGUACGACAUCGGCCAGAAACAGCUGGUGAAACGGUCCAGCACCAGACUCGAGUGUUAUGAGAUUGUCGACCUCAAAACGCAAGGAUUCCGGGUCAUCGUUAGCGACGUGCGCGAUAGUGUUCGAUACACAGUCUACAAGCCCUUGGAAAACUCGUUUGUCGACUUCAUCGAUGACACCAUGCAGCGGCACGUGACCCGCACCUUGCUACUCGACUACGACACAGUCGUGGUUGGCGACAAGUUCGGCAACAUUUCGGUUCUGCGGUGUCCCGAGCAGAUUUCGGAGAUGAGCGACGAGGACAACCACGGAUUUUUGGUGAAGAUGCGCAGGACAAAGCUGGACAAUCCUGUGAACUACUACGUUGGAGACAUGCCGACGUUUUUCCAGAAAGGCUCGCUCACCAUUGGAGGCGCUGAGUCGAUCAUUUACGGCUGUCUACAAGGACAGAUGGGGUGUCUGUAUCCGAUGAAGAGCUUGUCCGAAAUCAACUUCUUCAAAGAGUUGCAGAGGCUGAUCAUACACGAGUUUACGUCUUUGACAGAUCGCGAGUAUCUGAAAUUUAAAGGCUACUACAACCCGCCGAAAAACAGCAUUGACGGAGACCUGAUCGAGGAGUACUAUCGUCUCGGCCCCGAGAAACGGAUCCGCAUAGCAACCAAGAUGGAUAGGUUGCCGCGGGACAUCGAUCGCCGCAUAAGCGACAUGCGAUCGCGGAUCGUGUACUAG